AUGUCGGCACCCUCUUUGGAUCUAUCGCAGCUGUCCGAGGAGCAGCAAGUAGCGCUACAGCAGUUCACGUCGGUCACGGAUCAGGAGCUCGAUAGCGCUUUGCCAUUGCUGCAGCGCUGCCAAUGGAACGCCCAGAUAGCCAUAACGCGCUUCUUCGACGGCGACAGUGAUGUCGUCGACGUGCCUCCGCCGCAAGACUCUCGCCGUUCCGAGAACUUGGCCGCCAGUCUCGAUGCCGCCGCCUUCAGCAGAAGCAGACCUACACCAAACGGACUGCAGCAGGCUCCCCGCGUAGUCCCUACACCGGAAAGCCAGUUGACCCAGCCGGCGCCGUUUGUGCUGCAGCUGCUGUUCUUUCCCUUCAACUUGACCUACACCAUCUUCGCCCGUGUCUUCGGCGCUGUCGGCUACCUCUUUCCCGUCAUACCUCGUCUCCUUCGCCGUCUCUUCCCACUCCAAUCUGCUCGCCCGCGCAGCACAGAUAGGCGUCCGCUGAAUCCUCGCGACACGGCCUCUCGCUUCAUCCGUGAGUUUGAAGAAGAACACAAUGUAGAGCCAAACACGUUGCCCUUCUUCGACAACGGCUACGCCCAAGCCUUCGAUCUGGCCAAAAGAGAAUUGAAAUAUCUGCUGGUCGUCUUGCUAUCCCCAGAGCACGACGACACCGCUCCUUUUGUUCGCGACACCCUUCUCUCCUCCGACGUGAAGCUCUUCUUGCAGAGCCAUGCUUCUGACAUGAUCCUAUGGGCGGGGAGUGUCCAGGAUUCAGAGGCAUACCAAGUUGCCAACGCUCUCAACGUCACAAAGUUUCCCUUUACUGGCCUGGUCGUGCAUACCCCUUCCGUCUCAUCCACUUCCAUGUCCCUCAUUGCUCGCCUCGCCGGCCCACUUCCCCCGUCCGAAUUCCUUGCCAAGAUGCAGGAUGCCAUGCAGAAGCGUGAUCAAGAGCUGGAAGGCGCAAGGAGACAGCGAUCCGAACAUCAGGCCUCACGAUCUCUGAGAGAAGAGCAGAAUAGUGCCUACGAGCGAUCCUUAGCUCAAGACAGAGAGAGAGCUCGUCAAAGAAAGGAGGCCGAAGCCGCUCGUGAAAAGGCCGAGCGUGAAGAAAGGGAACGAGCAGAGGCCAAAGCACGCAAAGCACAAAACCUCUCGCAAUGGAGAAAGUGGCGCGUCCAAUCACUACCACAAGAGCCUGCCUCUACAGCCAGCGAUGCGGUGCGUAUAAGUAUCAGAAUGCCCUCGGGCGAUAGAGUAAUACGCAAGUUUGGCGCAGAAGCCCAGCUCGAAGAGUUAUAUGCAUUCGUCGAAUGCUAUGGCAACAUGCAGGGUGACGAGUCUGAAUCAGAAAAGGCCGUCUCCGAGCCUCCUGACUACACGCAUGAGUACGACUUCCAAUUAGUCUCACCCAUGCCCCGCGAGGUGUACGGCCUUGAUCAGGGCGGUACAAUGAAGUCUCGUGUUGGGAGAAGCGCAAAUCUGAUUGUGGAGAAGUUAAUCGAUGAGAACGACGACGAUGUGGACGAGGAGGAGAGCUCCGUAUAG